UCUCUUUAUUGCUAAGCAGGCUGCUGGACCAGGACGGAGAACAAAGCCUGGAACGCAUACACUCUAGGACGGGAAGGGCUCUGCCCCGACCAGCUUUCCACCCACCCAAACAAAUUAGCGACCGCCUAUCCACUUUCUCUCAAAGCAGCCCAUGAGAACCGAGAGGAGAAAGUCCUUUGAGAAAGCCAUCCUCGGGGGUGUGGGUAGUGCCUUCUACAAGUAAAAGUUUGCAACUGCACUUACCGCUCUUUCAUUCAAGCUAUGGCCAAGGCUACCCAUUACGCGGAAGCCUCCCAGAGUGACACUCCAGCCAACACGAUACCCAAUGGGACCUCGGCCUCCUCCAGUCAGCCUCCUGAAGACUCCAUGAAACUGAAGAAGGAGAUCUCCCUGCUGAAUGGCGUCUGCUUGAUUGUGGGCAACAUGAUCGGCUCGGGCAUCUUUGUCUCCCCCAAGGGCGUCUUGAUGUACAGUGCUUCCUACGGCCUCUCCCUCGUCAUCUGGGCCGUGGGGGGCCUCUUCUCCGUUUUUGGGGCACUCUGCUAUGCUGAACUGGGCACCACCAUCAAAAAGUCAGGGGCCAGCUAUGCCUACAUCUUGGAGGCCUUUGGGGAGCUGCCAGCCUUCAUCCGUCUCUGGACUUCCCUCCUCAUCAUAGAACCUACCAGCCAAGCAGUCAUCGCUAUCACCUUUGCCAACUAUUUAGUGCAGCCCAUCUUCCCAUCCUGUGAAGCACCGUAUCUGGCUGGCCGUCUCCUGGCUGCUGUCUGUAUCUGUUUACUCACUUUUGUGAACUGUGCCUAUGUGAAGUGGGGCACUCGGGUGCAGGAUCUGUCCACCUACGCCAAAGUGUUGGCUCUCAUUGCCGUGAUCAUUGCUGGCAUAGUUUGCAUCGGACAAGGACGUUCCGAGAACUUUGCCGACUCUUUUGAAGGGUCCUCUUGGCACGUGGGGAACAUUGCCUUGGCGCUGUACUCGGCCCUCUUCUCCUACUCUGGAUGGGAUACCCUCAAUUUUGUCACUGAAGAAAUUAAGAAUCCCGAAAGGAAUCUGCCCCUCGCCAUUGGCAUCUCCAUGCCAAUCGUCACGGUGAUCUACAUCAUGACCAAUGUGGCAUAUUACACGGUGCUGAGCAAAACGGACAUCCUGACCAGUGAUGCUGUUGCCGUGACCUUUGCUGACCAAGUAUUUGGAGUGAUGAACUGGACCAUCCCGCUGGCUGUAGCACUGUCCUGCUUUGGAGGCCUGAAUGCCUCCAUUUUAGCAGCUUCCAGGCUGUUUUUUGUCGGUUCCCGUGAGGGACAACUGCCCGAUGCCAUCUGCAUGAUCCAUGUUAAGCGCUUUACGCCUGUACCAGCCCUGCUCUUUAAUGGAGCCAUGGCUUUGGUCUACCUCUGUGUCGAGGACAUCUUCAAGCUGAUCAAUUACUACAGUUUCAGCUACUGGUUCUUUGUAGGCCUCUCGAUUGCAGGGCAACUCUACCUGCGCUGGAAGGAGCCCUCGAAGGAACGGCCCCUCAAGCUCAGCAUCAUCUUCCCGGUGGUCUUUUGCCUUUGCACUAUCUUCCUGGUUGCCGUUCCCCUCUACACCGACCCCAUCAAUUCCGCCAUUGGCAUCGCCAUCGCUGCUUCCGGGUUGCCAGUCUACUUCCUGGUGGUGCGGGUCCCUGAGCACAAGAGGCCGCAGUGCCUCCGGCGAGCUGUCGCCUCCGUGACGUGGCUUAUCCAAAUCCUGUCUUUGUCCGUCCUGACGGAAAUGGAUCCUGACACAGAAGCCAAGUCUCAAUGACAGAGAGGUUGCCGGUGGGAGGCUGGACUCUCCUCCCUGCCCUCUCCUUUGAUGGCGGACUUUUCCCUGACCUCUAAUUUAUUAUUUGCUAUGUUGCUGGACUGUGUGUGUGUGUGUGGGGGGGGGAACCUGCUGUUGGACCUAAGGGACCUUCGCCUCCUUGGUGCGCAGAGGGACCACCCCCCAGCUGCUGCAUCCCCAAUAAACCCUCAGCACUCCGCAAGGU